AUGGUCAUGAGGCAGCACAGUGAAUGCACACCGAAGCAGCGUCAACCAAAUGCACCAGGCAGUUGGAAUGAUGGGCACAUAUUUGGUAAUGGCGCCCAUGAUGUAUGCGUGGUUUCUGGGGAUGAGUCACAGCCUGUAACCUGGCCCAGGGUUGUGAACGGACGCCUUUUUUACCGAGGGCAGGUAAAAGUAGGGGAGAAGAUUUUGCCUGUCAGCAAAGAAGCCCGAUUUGGUCCGUCUGCCGGCGAUGAUUCGGACUGUGUUGCUGACGACCUUGCGGGGAAUUAUGAUGGGAACUUCCCGGAGGCGACAGAGCAUGACAUUUCUACCCGAGUCAAAGUAAAGGGGACGAUCAAAUCGAAAGAUGGAAAAAAGCAGAAAGCUAGAGCUCACCUUGCAGCUUCUGGUCGCCUGAUCGUAGAGUCUAUUCCCGAGACAGAGCAUGUUUCGCUUGACGAUCUGGAUGGUCAGGACCUGUUUACGCCGUACGAGCAGAAGCUGGCGAAAUUCAUAUUUCUCAUUAGUUCCUUGAGCGGCAACUGCGCAUCUUAUGUGGUGGAGGACGUGCGGCGUCUCUUGUAUCUCCGAGACGGGAAAAUAUCACGUAGCGCUGAGUUGGCUUCCCGGAAAGAAGCAUGCAGGUCUUUGGCCAGAUUGGCAUGUCUCAGGAAAAGUCUUGAGGAAGUGCAAGAGGAUGGCGGGCGCUUCGCUUGUCACUCCUCUGCUGAUGCCUUAGUAGAGCUGGAGGCCAGUCUCGCUGGUGCACUCGCGUAUCGUUCCUCUGACGGCAAACACCCUGCAGUGUACAUUCAGAUUGCUAGCCUUUUCCCCACUAGCCUUUACCUUCAGGUGACCCCAGCAGCUCUCCAGCGAGUUCUCCUUAGCGUUUUUGACCGAGUUUGGCAGAAGCUGGGAGCUGCGUCACGCCUUCACGGGGAAAAGAUAUCUCACGUGGCAGCUGUUUUAGAUUUCAGCGACUUGUCACAGCUGGAUCUCGCUGCAUAUUCGACUCACCGUCUUCUUGGCGAUAUUGGCGAGGUCUUGGGGGCAUACUGCCCUUGGCUUGUCUACAAAGUUGUGGUCUUCAGACUUCAGUUUGCGAAAGAUUUGCUUUGGGAGGUCCUUAGACCGGCACUUCAGACAGACUGUCGCGUUGUUACGGCAGAAGAUGAUGAAGCGCUGCUUCGAGAAAUACAAGCAGACGGACGCUUCAUCAUGCACACUCUCGGCGGUUUUAACGAGUGCAGCGUCCUCCGAUGUAGGAGGCCUGUCUACCGUAUACCGCACCCGCCUCAGCCAUUCGGGUCUAGUGAGUGGCUCAACGGAGGAGAAGCAACUGAUUUCUGGGACGAAAUGAGAAAACUUUAUUUAGAAGCACCAGGAGCUAUUCCCGAACCAGAUCCUGUAGACGAAACUGACACUGGAGACCUUGAGCAGCAGAAACUGCUAAGGCAACACCAACACGAAGAAAGAGAAAAAGCAUUACAGCGCAAGGAGGAAGAAAUUGAGCAGCUUUUAAGCCGAAAGGAAUGUCUUGUUCCUCAUUUUAACAGAGCACUAAUGCAGGUGUUAACUGGGGACGAAGAUAGUGGAGAGAUACAAACGGCGUCACAGGGUCAAAAAGAAGUUCAUACUCGUCCUCGUCUUUCAAUGGACGCUGUUACAAAGUCAGAUGUGCAAGUAUGCAUGUGGAAACCUCCGGCCGAUGCAUUUGAGGCAGCUCAAGGAACAGCCCAGAUGCUCAUGAAGAUCUUCGAAAAACGCCAUAUGUGGACUCGUACUCCACUCCCUCCUAAUUAUAUGCAUGCGUUUGAAAGGACAACGUACUCCCUCGAUUGCGUUUACCAUUCGAGAUCAUCAACUCCAGUAGUGACUUCAGCGAAGCAUGUGCAGGCACCGCCUGCAGUCCGGCCCAUUUCAGUUGAAGAGGACACUUCAGCACCUUCAAACGCGAAGCCUGCGAAGGACCUUCUCAAGUUUCUAUGA